AUGAGGAACGCGCAGUCCCGCCACCCAGGUAGCAGGCUCCACGAUCCCGCUCCUUCCCUCCUUCAUCCUUCCCUUGAUGAGAGCCGGCGUCCCUUGUACUGCCGCUCGCCGCUGAACCUGUCAGAAUGGAAACCUUGUAAAGCAACUUCGCGAACAAUCCAAUCCUCAUCCCCCUCUGCACUGUAUUCUCUUUGGACUUAUCACUCCCUCCAUGUCUGGUACUUGACUGCAACACCUGUACCUAGGCAGUCCGUGUCAAAACAUGAAGCCUCCGUGCGGAAUGUUUGCGAUCACCAGGAGAUUUUGAAAUUCUCGUCCACCGGCAACGGACACAGCACCCAGACCACCCCCUUUGAGGCAAAUCAAUCGACCAAGAAGCCCCCACCCCGGAAGAAGACACUCUCCUUUCGUCCUGGCAACCUCGUUGGCCACAUGGCAGGAUGGCAGUGGCAAGGUCUCGCAUCCCUACAGGCACGUUUUUCGACGCUCACACUUCAGGACAACGGUGGCGAAUAUGAUAUCGCAACCCCAUCCAUGCACUAUACUCUACACUCGCCGCCUCGCGGACUACGUGAUUUGGGGAAGGAGGAAAGGAACCGCCGCCGCCUCUGCCUACUAAACGUAAAGUAUUCGGCGACGUGCGUUGACGUUCCUUCCUUGACCAAGCAAUUCCAUCGUUUGUACCUCCCUCUCACCCCACUGAAUGUGCAUGUACCAUGUGUGCCUGGUUCAGAAAUCCAAAUUAACCUCUUGCUCGCCGUUCGAAUAACGUUCGCACAUGCAUCAUCCGUCAAGGAUCCCCAGAUGCAGCGUAAGCAUACCUGCAUCUUUUCCUCUCUCCUUUCCGCUCUGGCCCUGCAUCUGACUGCAUCUGCAUCCGCACCUGCCGACAGCUCUGGCCAGGCCCGGCACGUUUCCCUUGUUUCUGUGCGGCUGGUGCCUGUGGGAAUGGGUGUGGAGCUUCAAUACGACGAUCAGCAUAUGAAAAUCUUGAUCCUGCUUACUCCCUCCACCUCUCGUUUCCGCCUCCGCUUAUCAUUCCCUCUCUCGUGCUGUCGUCGUGCCUUCCUGAGCAAGGGCACGCAAACAGUCACUGGAAGAGCUUCUAGAAGUCUGCUGUUCAUCAUGAGCUUCAGAGGUGAGCGGAACGAAUACAGAGAAAAAGACGUCCGAACAAACUUUCUGCACCCCUAUAUUUCCCCUCCACUCACCCACCAUCCCUCAUAUAAUGAGCAAUUUACAGUAAUAACUGUGACCCGGGUCUCGCUCUACGUUCACUCGUUCAGUGAGCGACCCCCACUGCGACCCCGAGAGCCGCUGCACGCAGAUGCACCUUCGCGCGUGCUGCAUCUGCAUCUGCUCAGCCCGCAGAAAGGUCGACACACACACCACCUCACAUCCUUACAAUCUCAGAUAUGGACAAGCUCUACUCGCCAAACGCACGCACACCUUCCCAGACUCUCAGAAACGAACUGUCGAAAACCUCCGAUACCCAACCAAGCACCCACCCGUGGCCCAACCCAAAACAUCAUUUACUUGUCCCAGACUUUCGCAUCUUUUGAGCAAGCAGUCAGACCAAUGCGAACCGCGCAUUGCACCGGGGACCAGGCCAUGCCCAUAUCGCACACAUACACACCAUAUAACCAGCCGCAAUUAGACUUGCAAAAUUUUCAUUCGCCGGACACAGGAAAAGCGAGGGAAAAGACCAUAGCCAAUGAAGGCCCGGUGAAAGGAGAGGCUAUAUGCGGAGUAGUCCGUGGUGUUCCGAUAAUUCCCCGCCAAAACAUGAUUGAAGACAUGGAUGAGCAGGUAUGGAAAUUGGGCCAUCGGGAGAGAACUCGAUACUUCUUUUGGGUUGCUUCUCCAUAUUGGGCGCCGUUCCCCGACAUCGAGAUAGGCUGGCUUAAGAUGGAGCGCUUUUAUCUGACAAGGCUAAGCUUAUCGAUUUCUUCGAGUAUCGACAUAAUAUACUGUGGAGAACGCCUUGUCCGUCCGCCGAACGACCGAGAUAUCUGCACCUGGGAACCCUCCCGUUGCUCACAGCCAUUGCUGUGGUUUCAGCGCCCGGAAGAGUUCUCACACGAUCCGUCGUAUGUGUGUUCGUAUUCCAGUGUGAACCAGAUAGAAUGGAGUGAGAACUUCACUAGAAUGAGGAAGCCAUUUGGUUCUCGUCCGCGAACUAUUGAGCCGGGUUUUCGCGAUCAGAGUCCACUGUUGAGUGCUCGGUUCGGUGUGUCGCGUGUGAAUUCUGCAUGCAAGAGAUACGUGUAUCUUAGUCAAUGGAUGUGUACCAUUGUUUCCCAGGGACAGGCACCGAACCAGAUCCUUUGUAAUAUUGCGGCAUGCCUCCAGCUCAUACCGCAGUCCAGCUUUCGGGACACAAUGAAAGCGACGCCCCUGCUUGCCCUCGCAUCAAAGCUAUUUGGGAGCCGAAGCAGGGGCGCAACAAAUGCAAUUAGUUACACGGCUAGGAGACUCCAACGUUUGAGUGAUCGACCGGAGAUGAUGCUGCCCGAGACUGAGGCAUGUGCUGGUGAUUUUUGGUUAGCAUGGGCCAUGGUACCACGGUGGAAUUGCGGAAGACACUCAGGGGAGAUCUCGGAGAGCCAAGAGCAGCGCCCUGACGAAGUCAUUGUGCGUCAAGCAAACAACCGGAUGCGGAGUGCAGUAGUGAACUAUGCAGCCUUUGGAUGCCGCAUACUGUCCCAUGCUGUUGCUGAGGUCUCCACAUUCUCUAGGAAGACACCUGGUCGAGGAUUUGUGAGACACCGACCAGCUGCUCCCGCCACUUGUCGCCACGCAAAUUUACUGCGCAGUCAUUGCGGAGAAAGUCAGGGACCCUUGACCUUGCCACAUAUUAGAGGAGGCGACAGAGACCUAGUAAUAGUGGUCCUCAGGAGACCAGGAGUGCUACCACUUCAUUACGGAUCAAAUGAGGUUCUGGAGGCGACUAAGGCAAACUGGGCGGCUGAGUUUGAUUGGGGCUGCGCUCAGAUGCGUUGCGGAGGUGAUUGCGGAAAGCAAUUGUUCAUAGUCGCUUCUGUGUAUGGCAUACUAAGUGGGCCUGAUAAAGGGCACUGUCAGCGGCUGUGGUGGCGUCGCCGAACUCCGCUUUGGGAGGCAGGAUUGAGGGGUGCCAUAAGGGGACAACUUCUAGAUUUCAGUUCAAGACCAUCAUACUUGGGGAUUGCUCUCAUUCCUGAAUCUUACUUUUGCCUUCCAAUUUCGGUCAAUCGACAACCGUCGACCUCCUGGUGGAGGACUGAUCUUGUUCGCACCAGAGGCAGGAAGCGGCGCGAGCGGGUUCGAAUGACAAUGGCCACCACCGAGCCCAUAGUCAAUGCCUCAAGUUCCUUGCGCAAAACAAUUCACAUUGCAUUGAACGUCAGUGAGAUUCUGGAUGCCGUUCUCGAAGCAUCCUACCUCCAUCAGCUGUUUGACCUUGAUCGUCAAGGACCCACUAUCGAAUCUUCGAAGAUGAAUAGCAUGACCAUCGUUCGGUGUCUGCUUUACCCGUCGUUGCCUGGUGCUUGGGCUCGAUGGGACCUGGAAAUUGGAACAACAGCGUCGCAGUACAUGGCAUUAACUGACGAGCAUGAGCUGAGAGGACGGAUAUGGCAAGACCAUGGAAACAACUACGAAGAGCCCGCAGGUGAAAUGGUGAUAAAACUCUACAUUGCUUCGAUCAUGCUCCAGAGUAGGUGUACCCGGAGUGGCGAGAGUCCCGUUAAUGCAGUCUUCGGAACUAGCAUGACCCUCAUCAGUCUUGGGAGUACUGAGAUCGGAAAGCUUAGGCAGAACUUCAUGCUUACUGCUCAGGCCACCGCAAUCCACACCCAUCAAUGCCUCACGCUAUGA